GCUCGAUUGCGAGAAGAGGAAACACUUUUCCCUCUCCAUUUCUCCUCUUUUCUCAAUUCUGUUCUACCUCCCAAAAUUUCGACCACUGUUCCUCCGAGAAGAAGAGAAGAAGAGAAAACGAGUAGAGGAGAGAAGGAAGGAGAAGAGGAAGAAGGGAGAUGGAGCUGAGACCGGUGCCGGCGAGCGUCGCCAAGCAAGCGGAGCUCCGGAAACUCGAAGGCAACGCCGCCUUCAAGAAGGAGCGCAUCGGCGCCGCCAUCGACGCCUACACCGAGGCAAUUACUCUGUGCCCAAACAUCGUGGUGUAUUGGACAAACCGGGCACUCUGCUAUCAGAAGCGGAAGGAGUGGACAAAAGUUGAAGAGGAUUGCAAAAAAGCUCUCGAACUUGACAAGGAUUCUGUUAAGGCUCACUAUAUGCUAGGGCUUGCAUUACUAGAAAGGCAAGAAUAUGCUGGGGGAGUCAAAGAAUUGGAGAAGGCUUUUGAUCUUGGGAGAGGGACAAACCCUGUGGGCUGUAUGGUGGAGGAGAUUUGGCAGAGUCUUGCCAAAGCAAAAUACAUGGAAUGGGAACAUUCAUCCAGCAAGCGUUCAUGGAGGCUGCAAAAUUUGAAGGAAACCUGUGAGAAAGCUUUGGCAGAGUAUCAUUUUCUGGGUGAUUCCCUAGCUGAAGAUGCCUCUGAAGAUGCUGCAAAUGAUCACUGUGCACAACUUGAACUGCUAAAGGAGGUGUUUAGUAAAGCUGCACUAUUAGACACACCGACACAGGUGCCUGACUACCUGUGCUGUAAGAUUACACUUGAUAUCUUCCGGGAUCCUGUUAUCACACCAAGUGGUGUUACCUAUGAAAGGGCAGUGCUUCUUGAACAUCUUAAGCAGGUAGGCAAGUUUGACCCACUCACAAGAGAGCCACUUGAACAACACCAAUUGGUACCAAAUCUGGCCAUCAAGCAAGCUGUGCAAGUGUAUCUGAAUGAGCAUGGUUGGGCUUAUAAGAUGAGCUGAUGGUCCUUUAGUAGAGGUCAAAUGUCGUCAGGCUAUCAUUCAGUCUGGAGUCGUCAAGCCAAACUGAUACACAGCAUUUUACCCCUUUUGUAUUAUUGAUGCCAUCAUUGGCUUCAGCAGUGGUGAGGUGUUUUAUUUUCGGUAUUAUUCCUUCCACCAUUAUAUGAAAAAACUUUGUUUCCGGGGACUGGUUGUAUAAACAUUUAUGAGUUUUUGGUGUACAGUCUGAUUGUUGUAGUGGUCUGAGAAACUCGGCUUGAGUGUUAUAUCAAAAUACACCAACUAAUUCAGCCAGUGGCAAAGGUUGCCCAAGGGUUUUGUAUUGAUGGAAUUUCUUUUUCACUUUCCAAUGUAGUGAAUUCUGUUAUCUCAGAAUAAUGGGAAAUCAGUCCGGAAUGUGCAACAAGGAAUCCAAAUUCCUUUUCAGAAUAUGCAUGCCAACAACCAAAUUGUUUUGAAAUAUGCAAUGUGGGACUGGAACAUGUUUUGUUUAUUGUUUCAAUGGACUUGGUGUAAAGGUAUUAUCUUUUUGGCCUACAUAAACACCCCUUCUCCCCUUUUUUUCGAGCCAAAUAAGGUUUCCACGACUCUUCACUCUAAGAAAGUUGAGCAUAAUUUUGAAAUGGGUUUGCAGCAAGACAAAUUUCUCAGGUAGCAUGAUUCCGGAUAGGAAUGUUGAAGUUUACUGUGCCAUCGAUCAUCUCCGGCCUUUGUAUUUGAGCACCAUGGUACUGCAGAAUGAUGUUGAAAUUACAGGCAUCCAAAAUCAACAACUUCAAGAAGGCAUUGUAGGACCAACAACCAAGGUAGUUUCCUGAAAUAUCAGAACCUAGUUGAGAUAUCUGAGGAACUAGGGUUGGGAUGGUUUAGGGGAAGAGAGACACGGCCUAAAAGGAGAGAAAAAACACCAUUGUGAUAACUUCAAAAGUGAGAGUCAUCAUCAUAUAUGGAAAGUAUAUUUUAGAUAGCAGCUGAGGAUGAGAAUUUCUUUCAGAAUAACCUCUGUACAUCAUUGAUUCAUUCUUGGAUGAUAAAAAGGGUAAAAUACAAGUAUGAGACAAAGAAA